AUUUUACUACUAUUCAUUGGUAUUUCUAGAAAGUCGCCUAUACUAUUAUUGCCACAUAUAAUUGCUCAAGGCAUUUGUUUAAUAUUCUCCGUUCUAUAUUUUAUUUUCCAUGCUUGGGGCUAUUUUUACAUUGAUUUAUAUUUCAAACAUGAUGAUGGAAAUUUGCAGCUUAUGGAUUUGCUGGAACGAAUGUGGCUAGCGACCCUCCUUCUCAUAUUUGCUGCGUUUCAGCUCUAUUGUAUAACAAUAGUGAUCAAAUGCUGCGUAUAUUUGCAGAUGUUGCGCGACGAGCAAUUACGCAAGUUUGCACUUUUUCAAGACUGUAGUGAAAGAGUAAGGAAAGCGAAACAAAUGGGUUUAUGGAAUAAUUUAACCAAAUCUGAUGAAAACUUCGAGGUAACAUUGCGGAAAUAUUAA